AUGGAACUAAAGCUUGCGGUAGCCCUUGCUCUGGGCGCACCUACUCUUGUUUGGGGGAUCCAAAUACUGCCACCAGUCCUUGAUCAAACGCUGGACACGUCGUCGGCUGGUUCGUGGAACGUUGGGUCCAGCGACAGAACAAUAUACAUUGACAACAAAUUCGCUUCCAAGAGGGACGACGAUGGGUUAACUCUGAUUCCGCCGAGCGGCUACGACUUUGCUACCUUGUUCCGGGAAGACCUUGCAAAACUUACACGAUCCAACUGGACCUUGCAGCGUGUCGACCGCCUCCCCGAUCGCACCACCAGUCGCGGCAUUCUUCUUGGUUCCUUUACAGGAAACGCCUCUUCAGUGGUAUACGAAAAUGGCAACCAGACGUCCGAAGGGUACGAAAUACACGCAUCGCCCACGAGCGUCUUCAUCGGAGGAACAGGAGCUCGUGGGAUGUGGUGGGGGACACGUACAGUGCUUCAAUAUCUGCUCUCACAUAAUGGAACGCUUCCUCUGGGACGCAUGGUUGACGGGCCGGCCUACCAAACACGGGGUUUCAUGUUGGACGCAGGACGGAAGUGGUACUCUCCAGCAUUUCUCAAGGAGCUCUGCAGUUAUGCCUCGUUCUUCAAGAUGGGCGAGUUUCACUACCACCUGAGCGACAACUACCCGCUGAAUCGAGGGCAAAACGCAUCGUGGCAGGACGUCUACUCGCACUUUUCGUUGCUGCCCGAAGACAAGUCUCUGCUGGGCAUCAUUCACGGCAGGGAAAACGAGACGCUGUCUCGCGCCGACUUUGCCGAUUUGCAGCGUCACUGCGCCGCCAGGGGAGUCACUGUCAUCCCAGAGAUUGAGGCGCCAGGUCACUGCCUGUAUCUGACCAAGUGGAAGCCGCACUUGGCAUUGCCAAAGCGCGAUCUGCUGAACCUUUCACACCCGGAGACGAUACCGACCGUGAAGCGCAUUUGGGCCGAGUUCCUCCCCUGGUUUGAAUCAAAGGAGGUCCAUGUCGGAGCGGAUGAGUACGACGCCAAGCUGGCGGAUGUCUACAUCCACUUUGUCAACGACAUGUCCAAGUUUAUACGUUCCAAGGCUGGCAAGCGAAUCCGCAUCUGGGGCACCAACGAACCCUCGGAAAACGUCACCAUUGCCAAGGACGUGGUGAUUCAGCACUGGCAAUACGGAGAAUCAGACCCGGUGCUCCUUGCGAACAGCGGAUACGAUGUCAUCAACUCGGAGGACCGCUGGGCAUACACGUCCAUCAAGAAUGACCACAUGCCCAUCCUGCCGGCACGGUAUCCCCAGUUCUUCAAUGAAACCAGCGUGCUGGAGUUUGCCGGCGAGCCUGGCUGGCAGUGGACGCCGGCCGACUACAACCCGUUCAACAAGACAAUGCAGCUGCCGGACAAUUCGCCUCGCAACAGGGGAGCCAUCAUGGCGGCGUGGAAUGACAAUGGUCCCGCGGCAUCCACGCAGCUCGAGGCGUACUACUCGAUGCGGCGGGGAAUUGCCUUGGUCGGCGCUCGAUCCUGGAGCGGGAGGCGAGGACAGAAGCUUGCUGAGAACCAGGUCUCGCCCAGUAUAGACUUCUUCUCGCCGCUUGCGCCUGGCCAAAACCUCGACCGAGUGCUGCCGUCCCAUGCUGACGAGCCUUUGGUGUCAUGGAACCGGUCCCGCGAGGACGGACAGCAUGUUUCCCUCGGCCACGGCAGCAAAGGCAUGAACUACACGCUGACAUUGUCCGCCACGGGUCCAUUCACUCUUACCGGCCCGGACAACUCUCUCUCCCUCGGUCAAGACGGCACCCUCGUCUUCAACUCAGACGGGUGGCAAUAUCCGCUGCGAGCUGUUGCGGAAGAGGACGCGUUGGACCUCGACCCAGGCCAUCCGGGGCGGAUCUGGGAGAAUGUCACGACCUCGGCGCACAACAUUGUGCGAAUCUCGACGCUGCCUGCUGUGAUUACCAUUGCGACUGACGUCCUGCACGGCAGCUUGGCUUGGGUCAAUGGCAAGUUUGCGGGACGCUUUGAGGUAUACGUCUAUGGCGGUCGCAACACGAGGUUUAGCUGGAGCCAAAUGGCAUUGGUUGCGCCGCUGGAAAACAUUACAGGCACAGGACUGCAGAGCCUUUCUUUAGAAGGAGUCGCUAGACUGACGUCAAAUUCACAAAAACCGCCCCCAGCUGUGACCGGAGAUGCGGCGGCGUUGGUCAAGGUUGGGACUAAUUUGGCACUCGGUGUUGCCAUCAUGUGGGUGUUGGCUUCAGUGAUUUAG